AUGAAUAAAGCGGAUCACAGGGCUACAAAACAUACCAAGCCUAAUUAUUAUAAUGCCCCUUCAUUCAGCCGUCUCAGUGUCGCCAGUCAUACUCGAUUCAACCUCUCCGAAUUCGAAUCUGAUAUUCACAUAUUUAUAAAAGAAUAUAAAAUCAGGAUAAAACGUCAGCAACUCAGAGAAGAGGAAAACCUUCCAUCACCAUUUAUUUCCUUUGCCGAUACUAAAGUUAAUGUAACUGACAUAGAUUGGCUUAUUGAUAACGAAGAGAGAUUCUACAAGAAUACUCCCAAUAAAGACAUACUCAAGCUCCAUUAUUUGUCUGAGUUAGGCUACGUCACUUGUAUGGAAUAUUCUUUGGAUGGGGAUUACAUUGUAGUCGGUCAUGCUUCGGGAAUGAUGCAGAUGCGCCAUGGUACGACUGGUGUGGUCCUAUGCACGCUUCGGAACAUCCAGUUUCCACCAAAACCAAUCUAUGCUAUCACCUUCAAUCCGGCAGAAGACAGGAUCUGCUAUGCCGCUUGCUUAGACGGAAACAUCUAUCGGAUUGAAAUACCGAAUGUCACGCCUCCAUCAGUUCAAGCAAAGGCCUGUAUACGCGCUGACCCUGCUCUGGAGUGUCUCAACACGCAAUUCUAUGGAUCACCGGGAUUAGUUUCUUAUGCCACGCCGUUUAUAUUACAGAGGUCAGGCGCUCUCUCGUUCGGGAUAACUGCUGACCAAACCAAGAUGGUGGUGGGAUAUGCCGACACUUCCAUAAAAGUGUACGAUAUGGUAACUCAAGAGUCCGACCUCACCUACAAAGUACAUAAACUACGAUUGCAAUUCAUUCCCAAGAAAUUGCAACGAAUGCAUUGCGGGCAGGUGGUCGCAUUGAGGUGUCACGACCAGAACCCCACUAUGUUCGCUUCUGCAGCUUGGGAUAACACUCUUAGGAUUUGGGACAUAAGAUGUCCAGUAGGCUGCGUAAUGACGUUUGAAGGCGUUAAUGUUUGUAGUAAUAGUAUCGAUUUAAAAAGACAACAUUGCAUCGUAGGAAGCUGGCUACCCACUGAAGCGUUGACAGAAUGGGACCUCACAGCGAGGAAGAGAUUGAACAUCAUCAGAGUGCAAAACAGAAGACCCGAUAUCGACGGAGAGUACAUUUACGCUUGCCAGUAUUGGAGGUCACAACAGUUUAACCGUAAAGGCAAGUACGGCAUCAUAGGCGGCAGCGGGACCCAGUGCCUUGAGGUCAUCAACCUCCACAACCGCUACAUCAGCUGUUCUUACCCUGCUCCUGGCACAGUACUAGCCAUCACCAGCUAUGAAGAGAGGAUAGCCUUCGGUGGCACCGCCCCAGUCUUCAACAUCGUGACCUUCCAUGACCCUAAACAUCAGAAGUACGAAGUGCCGCCGGAAGAAGAUGACUAUGACCCUGUCAUGUCUUUUAAAGACACCGAUGUCAUUGAUAUUAGGGGAAGUGAUUUUAAUAUUCAAGUCAAUGAGAAACCGGUUAAAUCUGUGAUACUCGAAGACCCAUCGUAG